AGAGCGAGGCAGUGCACUUAUCUAGGUCUAGUCCCGACUCGCAUAAGCCAAAAAAAGUCGGGGUUUACGAUGAUCACCAUAUGAAAGCCAACAAACAAGCCUUUAAGGGUCUCAAGUCUCAACACGCAUUUCAGGUCAAUGGGUCCAUCAACAAGAACAACAGACUGAAACCAUUAAUUUCUAAGGGAAUAUUAAAAAUGUCCCAGAAAGGAAUUUUUGAUAAACAGUCUUUGAAUCUGAUUCCAGACCUUUCACUGCACAUAAGCCUUCCAAACAGUGCUCCUUCUUCAAUUUGCACUGGCACAAAUGAUGGUGAUUCUGCUUUUGAUAUUUGGCGCAAAGAUGAUGGCCUAAAAUCACAUAGUGAUAGUUCUAUAAGAGUUGGGUCUCAAGCAGAUACUGAACUCUCUCUUGCAAAUCCAACAAGUACUGCUUUGGAGGCAGAGAGCCCUUGGAGAAGAAACUUUGGUGGAAGUGGAACUGGCAGUACUGUUGAAGAACAUCAUCGUGAUCAAGCAAGGCAAAGAAAUCUUCUUCUUCAAUGUUCUAGUAAUGGCCAAAUGAGUCAUGUAAACCAUGGGAUCUCAGUUCUUGAUGUCACAGGAUUGAAGCCUAUAAAGGGGAUUCCAGUUUACAAUAGCUGGAAUAGUUCAGGAGAUAAUAUUGAUCCUAGAUUUAGCUUUAACCAAAUUCCUUAUUCACCAUCCUGCACACCUUACUCUUCUUCCAAUUCUUCUGCUGAUCACCAUAGCCCUUCUUUCCAAGCUUACAGAAUGGGUACUUCUGCACCAAGAUUCAAUGGAAUGUCAAUGGAGACACUUAGAGUACCACCGUAUCAUCAAUACCAUCAAUAUGGAGCUGCAGGUGUAGGGGGUAGCGGUGCUGAGGUAUAUGGCAGUAGUGGCAUGAUUAGAUCAAGAUUUAUGCCAAAGUUACAAAGCAAGAGGAAUACGAGAGCUCCAAGAAUGCGUUGGACUAGCUCCCUCCAUGCUCGUUUUGUUCAUGCUGUUGAGCUCCUUGGUGGCCAUGAAAGGGCAACUCCAAAGUCAGUUCUAGAGCUCAUGGAUGUCAAAGAUCUAACACUUGCUCAUGUUAAAAGUCAUUUACAGAUGUAUAGAACUGUUAAGAGCACUGACUGCAGACCUGCAGCUUCCUCAGAUGGAUCUGGUGAUGAAGAUUUCAUGUCUGGAACAACUUGCGUUAGUCAAAACGCUAACUAUGUGCUCAACCAGAAAGGAGGUUCAAAUGUGCCUAGUUUACAGCAUGAUAAUGGCUACACUAAUUCUCCCACUACUCUAUGGGGCAACUCUUCUAGCAAAGGGGGAUGGAUGCAUGGCAGUUCAAGAGAUCUGGAUGGGCUUAGGGCAGAAGCCCUAUCAUCUCAAAAUGCUUCGGGAAAUAAAUUGGAAGGAGUUGAUUUUUCUCAAUCGAGAAGCAUUUCAGGAUCCAAUCAAGAACUCAAGAAUCCAAUCUUGGAGUUUUCUUUGGGGAGACCAGACUGGCAAAACAAAGAACAUGACUGA